UGGUGAACGACCCUAUAGGAGUAAGGCAGUUGCUUGGCUGGAUCACACAACCAUAUGGGGACCACAUCCCUAGUUCCUGCUUAGGACCAGCCUACUUCAUAGUUGAUCUGUGUCUGAGGGAAAGACACACAGGCUUCAACCUCCUGUUCCCAGCCUCUUUCCCACUGCCCUGUUCUCUUUCUCUCUGUCUGUCUGCAAAAAGCUCUCCCUCAGUCCCCGUGUGCUGAGCACACAACAGAGGUGGGGGAAGCCAUGGCUUUGAAAAUAUUAUUUCUCCUGCUGAAGAUUUUCUCCUCAUGGAACCUUUUACUGGCACAACAGGACAACGGAUAUCACUCAGAUUGCCCUGUCGACCUAUUUUUUGUGCUGGACACAUCCGAGAGUGUCGCUUUAAGAGUUCAGCCUUACGGCUCCCUCGUAGAUCUUGUCAAGAAGUUCACCACAAAUUUCGUCGACAAGCUGGAAAACUGGUAUUACCGAUGUGACCAGACACUGGAGUGGAAUGCUGGAGCUCUACACUACAGUGACGUGGUGAAGAAGAUCCACCCUCUCAGCUUCAUGAGCAACAGUGAAAAGGUGGCGAUGAUUCAAAAUGUCAAUCAAGUGGCUUACAUUGGCAAAGGCACGUACACAGACUGCGCCAUACGGGAUGGUGCUGAGGAGCUUCUGCUCGGUGGCUCACAUCACCGGGAGAACAAGUACAUGAUUGUGGUAACAGAUGGGCAUCCAAUUGAGGGAUACAAGGAGCCAUGCGGAGGCCUGGAUAAUGCUGCAUCCGAUGCAAAGAACCAAGGGAUAAAGAUAUUUUCAGUGGCCAUCACACCAGAUCACCUGGAAGCAAGACUGAAUCUGAUUGCAACUAGUCCCAAAUAUCGACGAAAUUACACAGCAACCAUUCUCAGCGAGGUGAAACUAAACAAUACCAUUGAAAGCAUCCUUCAAACUAUUUAUGACGAAGUGGAACCAGUGUGUUGCUCCUUUGAGUGCCAUGCAUUAAGAGGAUCACCUGGGAUCCCAGGGGAUCCAGGAGAAAAGGGUUCAGAUGGACGUCGAGGUCCUCAUGGUCCUAUGGGGCCACCUGGUCCCUUGGGUAGACCCGGUGAUGUUGGUCCAGCUGGUCAUCCGGGUAUGAAGGGUGACAAAGGAGAACGUGGCACAAAGGGUGACAGAGGACACAAAGGAGCCAAGGGUGCGAAAGGAUUCCCUGGAAGAGAUGGGAAAGAUGGUCUGAAGGGUGAUGCUGGGUACCCUGGUCUGCCAGGUUGUAUUGGAUCUCCAGGAUUUCCUGGACCACCUGGACUACAGGGCCUUAAGGGCGAUCCAGGUCCAUUUGGAAGAAAGGGACAGAAGGGUGAACCUGGCUUAGAUGGGGAACCAGGACGACCUGGAAAUGUUGGGAGACCAGGCGAUAAGGGAAAUCAAGGCCCCAGAGGAAGCAACGGAGAUCCUGGGGAGCGAGGUGACGACGGACCUCCAGGAGAUGAUGGAGAUGUUGGCGAGGAGGGUCCUCCCGGUGAAUCAGGGCUGCCUGGUCCUCCAGGCCCAAGAGGAGACAGGGGACCUAAGGGAAAUGCCGGACCCGAGGGACAGCAAGGGCAUGAGGGUCCUCCCGGAGUUAGUGGCGAACCGGGUGAACCUGGUCGACCAGGACCUAGGGGAUUUAAAGGCGACAUGGGACGUCCAGGACAAGAGGGACCAAGGGGACCCAGAGGUCCAAAGGGCUACCCUGGAGACCCAGGCCCAAUGGGAGAGAUGGGAGAACCUGGUAGCCCAGGCAACGGGACCAGGGGCCCACCUGGAUUACCUGGUAUUCCUGGUAUCCAAGGAAAUCCAGGGCCUAACGGAACAAAAGGCUCCGUAGGUCCAAAAGGUGAUGAUGGUGAAUCUGGAGACCCUGGCCCAGAUAACGAUGUUCCAGGUGAUAGAGGUCGCAAAGGAGCCAAGGGUUACAGAGGCGCAGAGGGAGAGCCGGGACCCCCAGGACCGCCAGGACCACCAGGACCUUCGGAAUGUGAAAUAUUGGACAUCAUUAAGCGCAUGUGCUCUUGCUGCGAGUGCAAGUGUGGGCCCAUCGACCUCCUGUUUGUAGUGGACAGCUCAGAGAGUAUCGGAGACCAAAACUUUGCUCUAGCCAAGCAGUUCAUAAUCACGGUGAUAGAGAGACUGAGCAGAGAUGAAAAAAUCAGGUUUGAUGGCAAGGAGUCCAAUGUUGGAGUCGUCCAGUACAGUCACGCAGGAACUGAGGAGUUAGUCUCAAUGGUUGAUCCCAACAUUAACACUCUGCUGGAGCUAAAAGUUGCAAUCAAGAACCUCCAAUGGAUUGCUGGAGGUACGUUUACUGGAACUGCACUGGACUGGUCGAAGGCAGCCUUCAGAGGGUCACUUAGCCAAGUCCGGGUCGCCCUGGUCCUCACUGACGGGCGGUCAGACAUUUUGAGAGACCCCAAGUCGUUGUCGUCACUCUGCAAUGAAGCCAACGUUGUCUCGGUCGGCGUGAACGACAUCUUCCGCAACGAGCCGGCCUCCGAAAGCCUGCGGCAGAUCGCCUGUGAGUCGGCUCCAACCCCUGGGCUCAGCUUGCAGCGGGACAACUUCAUGGAGCUGCUGGAGGACGCCUUCCUUGAGAACGUCACUCAGUUCAUCUGCAGAGAAAAGAAGUGCCCAGACUAUUCCUGUCCAAUUCACUUCAACGUGUCGACGGACAUCGCCCUGCUGGUCGACAGCUCCACCAGCGUGGGGAGCAAAAACUUUGAGAUGGGCAAGACCUUUGUCAAGCGGCUGGCCGAGCGCUUCCUCGGUGCCAAGCGUGCCCCCGGGGCCUCAGUGCGCCUGGCAGUGCUUCAGUACAGCAAAGGCCAGGCUAUCGAGGUGCCGUUCUCUGACAACUACACCGAGGUGGCCGAGAAGAUCGAGCGGAUGAAGUUCAUGAACGAUGCCACGGAUGUCGGCAGUGCCGUGAGCUAUGUCAACGCCUACUACGAGAGGGCCAGCCAGAAUGCCCAGAGGAAGCUCCUCUUGUUCACUGAUGGCAGGUCCCAGGGAGACCUGGUUAACAAUGUAGAGGAGCAGGCACAAGCUGCCAAAGCCAGCAAAAUUGACAUGUACGUCAUAACCGUAGGCGAUCAAGUCCACGAGAACAAUCUGCGGGCCUUGGUAGCGGGCAGGGCCAUUGACUAUGAUGUAGAUCACGGUGCUCGCCACCUUUUCCGGGUGAAGGACUAUCCCACCCUUUUGAAAGGCGUGUUUUACCAAACGGUCACCAAACAAAUGUCACUUGAUUAACAACGGAGAAAUUCUCGCACCCGGCCCCCCCUUUCCCCCUCUAAGCUCUGUCUCUUUUGUAUGUUACGCAUUUCGAUUUUAAGGUGGUUACUAUCUUUUUGGGAAUUUUGCUUUCUUAGGAUGUCCAAGUGCGUUUGGGAACUCUGUGACCCCGGCCACUGUUCCCCACACUGUUUGAUUCCCCCCUGCCCAUCCUCCAUGUGUAUCCCUCUUGGGCUGUUCCCUUCUGAUUCAGGUGGGGGCUGGGGGGUGCAGCAGUGGUUUGCCAACAUUGCCUCCUCACUGCUGCUCCAUUACUGCGGCCAGCAAAAAAGGCACUCCAGCCCGAGGUUUAGGUGAGUCCAUUUGGGUUCAUUCACAUGUUCCUCUCAAUAGCCUUUGCAUUCCUUAGAAAUAACGACAGCAACGGAAUAUUUGGCCAUUGUUAUGCCUCUUCUGUGGACCCUAACAUGGGGA